AUGAACAAAAAACAAGACCUGUUUAGUGUCGUCAUAAGAUCGAGAUUACUUUACUGCUUAAGCGUGGUUCCUAGGCUCGUGAAGUCCCAAACUGAAGAAGUCAUAGAACUCACAUUUUCCAUGUUCGCAAAUGAUUCAAAUGAAGAGUGGACAUCAGAGGACAAAGUCACUAUUUUGAACAUUGUCAGCUCUUUAAGGUUGAGAAAUCAUGCAGAUGCUCUCAAAAGAAUCAUCAUGUCAACCUUGAGCUCAAAGAAUAAGAAUCUACAAGAAGUCGCUUUAAAGACGCUCUUUGCCCUUGAUUGUUUACCCGAGAAGUACCGCGACAAUUUGUUCAACCUUCUUGAUGAAAGACUUUUCAAAGAGGAGUUGAUGAAUUUGGUAGGAGAUAACUCUAGUGGACGAGUUCACGAAGCGGACGAGAAUGUAGUCUUUCCUGUGAUUGUCCAAAUCCUUUUCGGAAAGAUUCAGUUCUCAGGUCGAAAGCAUGCAAGAACAGGGGCAAAAUUCACGGUUGCGACAUUGCUUCCCAAUUUACCUAGGAGAUUCAUCAAAAUGUUCCUUUCGCAGAUGAGCAACAGGAUUCCAUGGCAAACAUUCUUUCUGUCCAGGGAGAGAAAGACAACUAUCUUCAAAAAUACAAAAACCAUGGCUGGUUUCAUCAACAUGCUUGCAGAAGUUUAUGAUUCAUUGGGUUAUAAGUACAAAGAUCUUGUUGCAGAGACUUCCUUCCCACUUGUUUACGUCCUUAUUUGCACUCAAGAAUUAAUCGACUCUUCCGAUGAGGAAACCACUGGUGUGAAUCUCAAGGGGUUGAGACAAAAUGCGUUCAAGUGUUUGACAACUUUAGAUAAAAUCGCUGGAACCGACUUAAAUUGGAAAGAUUUGAUGCCGGCCUUAUACGAAUUCGUUUUACAACCUCGUAUGGAAAAUUUUGCAGCUGAACAUACUGAACAAACAUCCUCGCUACUUGAUUUCAUUCUAAGUCGUGUCGAAAUGACUAAUUAUUUGUCAUUCUUUAAGUUGGACGACUGGCUACCAUUGAGAGCCGUACUAUCCUUGUUGGUAAACAAAAACUGCAAAGAUGAUGUGGUAAUCAGCAUUUUGGAUAGCUUUAUAUCUGUGUUCACCAAGCAAGGUUUGAUGACCGAUGAAUCCGUUCAAUAUUUUGCAAUCAUGAUUGAAGGAUUGUUUAAUUGCUUACCUCAAUUUUUACAAGAUUCGAGAAACAAGGAUAUUCUAUCAAGAUGCGCAACACUCUUGCUUCUCAUCGUUCAGGGAAACUUUUUGAAACGUGAUGAUGAUAAAUUAAGAUUCAUGAGUGCAUCAUGCAACGCUUUGAAGAAGUCAUCAUUCUACAUUAAGCCUCUGGAUAAGGUAAGCAUCCUUCUUUCAUUAUCGAUUAUAGUCAGAUCAGUUGACUGUGAAAUCUCUGAAUUUUCUCAGCCAAUCUGGACUUGUUCAACAACUUUACGCUUUUCAAACGACAAUGGCUUAAGAAAUGCUGUGAUCACAUUUAUCGAUUCUUUAUCCUCAAAAUUUGGCGAGCUAGCGAGUUCAGCCAAAAUUUUGAGUCUUCUCAAUGGUCGGGCAUCCUAUAAUUCGGACACAUACAAUUUUGAUAUGAUUCUUGAUGGGUUUGAUGGUUUGAAUGAGGAUUUUUUCAGGUCAAAUCCGUAUGAUUUUUGGUGUCUAUUCGUGGCAAACUCUCUCUUUUACAUGGACAAUAAGGAUGAGAGCAUUCUUAGACUAAAUGCGUCUGCAGCUAUUAAAAAUCUCGUGACUUAUGUUUCAAAAAUCGACUCGCCGCAAGCAAAAGAGAAGUUUAAAGAAAAUUUUGAUUAUUUUAUCAAUCCAGCCAUUCGACAUGGUCUCGCAAACCACAAUGACGAUGUCCGGAAUGCCUAUCUUGAUUUACUUGGUAACUUGUCGUUAUUUUCAGAGCUAUUGCCGAACUUAAAUGAUUUGAAAUGCUUAAGGUCAGAGAAUGAGGAGCUUGACUUCUUCGUUAACAUGCAACACCUCCAGAUUACUGCACGUCAAAGAGCUGUGCGUGAUCUCAUAGGAAGGCGUCAUGAAUUGUCACCUUCCUCUGUCGAGUACUACAUUAUUCCAUUGCUUGAGAACUAUUUACUAUGCACGGACGAGAAAUCAAGGAAUCUAACAGAAGAUGCUCACAAGACAUUUGGCUCCCUCGCCUGUGUGUUGCCUUGGCCCACAUUUAACGCUUUUCUUCGCAAGUACAUAAAUAUUUGCUCAAGCAAUGCAGAUCACAUCAAGGAUGCAAGUAAGGUGGUUUUGCAGCUCAUUAGCAAUGGAUCUGCUUAUUUUGAGCAUGAUAACUCUUGUGCAUCCAUUCUGUCCGAGUCCGAUCUCGAUAGAAACAUGUUGAACACAGUUAUUCACCCGUUGAAGAAAGUCCUUUCGAAAAGAGACGAUAGUACUAUCAUAAUGCGUUUACCGCUUCUCGAGGCGUGCGUGUUGGCAUUAUUACGGUUGACCAACGACAUUGUUAAAAGCGAACUUCCGAGCGUCUUGAUCGGUACAUGCCAGGUCUUGAGAUCAAAAUCUCAGGAAUUGAGAGAUGGCGCUAGAAAGGCUCUUUGCAAAGCAGCAAGCCAUUUGGGUGCCACAUUUCUUCCAUACAUCAUCCGCGAACUCAAGGCUGCCCUUUCUAGGGGAUCACAGAUUCAUGUAUUAAGCUUCACUCUUCAUGAACUACUUCGUGAAUUGAUAUCCAACGUGAAGCAUGGAGAGCUUGAUCUGUGUGCUUCAGAAGUUAUCAACAUCAUCAUGGAGGACAUAUUUGGUGCUUCUGGUAAGGAAAAGGACGCAGAUGGGUACGUUAGCAAGAUGAGAGAAGUGAAAGCCAAGAAAAGUUAUGAUAGCAUGGAACUUCUCUGCUCGAAGCUCGAUCUAAGUGAAUUUGAUACAGUUCUCAACCCAAUCAAGACUCUUUUGAAGCAAUCGCUACCGUUAAAGACGGAGAGAAUGCUUGAUGAACUUUUGCGAAGAAUCUCCCAGGGUCUACUAAAAAAUGAGGCUGCGAAUUCCAAAGAAAUGUUGAUUCUAUGCUACGCAAUUCACGUAUCUUCUAUUCAAGGCUCAGAUGAGGAAGGUAUCAGAAAAACUUUUCAAAAGGAUGAAUCUCAUUUCUUGGUCAAUCUUGAUUCAGCACCCUCAACUAUCGACAAUGAUCACGCCCAAUACACCCAUCAUGUUCAACGUAUUGCCCUAGAGUUACUUCGAACUAUUACCGGGAAGCACAAAAAACUACUCAGUCCUCAAAACAUGGAUGGCUUCAUUCCUUUAUUGUCUCGCAAUAUAAAUUCAGCAAAUGAGGCAUUGACCGUUGUAUCGAUGAAGGUAGCAACAACAAUAGUGAAGUUGAACUUUGACGCGCAGCGUGACACAUUCUUUAAGGAAGUUUUCAGUAAGGCCGUGGAAUUUGUUAUGGAAAGUCCAUCAACGAAAGCCGAACUGUCGCAAGUAUCGUUGAGGUACAUUGCCACUGCGUUAAGGCACAAGGGAUGUUGCUUUUGCACGGAUAACGUGGUACGGGCGCUUAUUACCAAGAUCACUCCUGAUCUCGAAAAUCCAGAAAAUCAGAGUGCAGCAUUCGAUCUCGUAGGGGCCAUUCUUGCACGCCGAAUCGAUUUGGCGGAGGUCUACGAUUUGAUGGAUAGAAUUUUAAGCAUCAUGGUGGUGAAUCACUUUCAAGAGAUUAGAGACAUCGCAAGAAGACUCUAUUUCAAAUUCUUGCUUCUGUAUAAUCAAGGGGAAAAGCGGCUUGAACUGUGCUUCAAGUUCAUGAUUGAAAAUCUAGCUUAUCCAACGAUUAGUGGUCGUCAGUCAGUGAUGGAGUUGAUUCAUUCGAUCGUUUUGAAAUCAUCCUCAUCUAUCGUCGAUGCAUAUGCAUCAAGCUUUUUCGUUGGCCUUGCCAAAGUGACUGUCAUAGACGAGCUGACCAAAUGCCGCGAAAUGGCUUCUGCUUUGAUUAAGGCGCUUUUUUCCAGAACAAGUCAAUCUAAACAUGAAGUUUUGAGAUCGCUUGUUAUAUCUUGGCUUCAUAACUCAAGGAAAGAUCUCUUACGAAGAUGUGGUCUUGUGACAUACAAAAUAUAUUUGGAACAAUACGGACUUGAGCAAUGUCAAUCUCUUGAUAUUGCUGCUUCGCAAGUAAUUGAAGAAUAUCUUUCAUCGUCUAUUUCGGAUGAAUCUGAAAACUUUCAAUGGGAGAAUAUAUACAUCGCCCUUGACGUCCUGGAAUUCGUCUACAUUAAUCACAACAAGACACCAUGGAAGGAAAGCCUCGAAUUUUGGAACCGAAUUUCUGAUUGCCUUCUUUAUCCACAUUCAUGGGUUAGACAUUCCAGCUCGAAGCUCUUUUAUUGUUUGCUAAGUCGGGGCGCAAAUACCAUGGAAUAUAAAGAGCCAAAGUUUCUUCAAAACGUGUGUUACCGUUUGUUGAGACAGCUUGCUGCUCCUAAUAUUACCGAGGCUUUAAGUAAACUAUCGGUGAGAAACAUUCAAAUGAUUUACAAAUUUUGUGAAAAGAACGCCUACAAGUAUUGUCAUCAUAUUUCAGAAAAAGAGCCAGAAAACGAAUUCACCUUCGAGUUUCAAACCGAUAUGAUAGAAUAUCGAUGUCUUUCUUUGCUUAGAAGGAACCUUUCCCAGCCACUGAAACGCGAGACAAGAAUUGCUGCGCUUGAAUUGACAAUUGGCAUUGCCGUUCUUAUGUCAAUCGAAAAGCUUCGAGUGUUUGCUCAAGAAUAUAUGACUACAUUCAAAGGGAUCGAGAAUGCAGAUGCUGAAGACGGCGAUGCAGUCGAGGAGCUUCAACAGCGUUGCUUUAAAAUAGCUGAGGAGAGGCUCGGAACAUCCGAGUUUACUAAAAUGUUCACUGCGGCAACGUCCGAAGUAUCCAAGCGUCGAGCUAGGCGCAAAGCUGAGAGAGCACAGCUCUUAAUUGAUAAUCCGGAAAAGGCGUCUGAGAGAAGAUUGAAAAAACAUGCUCGAUUUAGAGAAAAGCGCAAACAUAAUAAAGAUGACAAUGGCUUCUACAAAGCGAAAAAGAGAAGACUUUGA